CACGUUGUCUGUGUAGGGCAAGUUAUUGACAUUGGGUGAUAUUUUUUUUUCUUCAAUAAAAUCCAUUCGAAUCGCGAUUAAAAAACCUCGGUGUUAACAUUUGUUUUUUGCCGACCAUGGAUUCCGUCAAUCCAAAUCGAAAAAUUAAAAUUACAGAACUACCAAUUUAUACAUCUUGUUGUAAAAAUAAACAAGCAUCAACAACAAGACAAGAAUCAGCCAAUAUUAUCGAACCAUAUAUAAGUGAUUUAAGAAAAGAAAUUGAAUCUUUUGUUGGUCCACAAUUUGGUGAUUCAUUUAAACGUUUUGGUGAAAUUUUGGCCACUUCAAAAGCACAUACUUAUGAUUUAAUCGAAACAGUUCGUGAUGAUCGAAAUGCAGCCGCACGUGCUACAUUCAUAACAUCGGCUGCAUUUGUUGGUUAUCUUUUAGGACGUCGUGGUUUUUUUCGUCGAACAUUAAUGGCAACGAUAGCAGCCGGUACAGCAGCCGCAAUUUGUGAACCUAAAAUGGCUCGUGAUUAUGUUGAAGUUAGUUUUGAAUUAGCUAAACGUAAAAUUUCCGAAACAUACAAUGAUUAUGGAGGUCCUGAUUUGAUGAAAAAUAUUCAUCUGCCCGAUUUCGGUUCUUUCUUCGACGGUAAUAAAUCAUCAGCCACCACUACUGCUGCUGCUAAUGAUAAGCAACAAUAAUUCUUAUUGAAAAUGAAAAUAAAAUAAUUGUGUAUAGAGAA